CCCUGCGUAUUUAAAAGCUAUCUGGUGACACGACACGACCAAUUGUACCAUUAUUAUACUACUUUAAUAUGACUCUUUAGAGAUGUUAGAGCCAAUUCAAAAUAUGAAGUAAUUAAUGGCAAUCUUUUAAUUUCUUUUAAACCAUUUGUGUCAUUAGAUAAAUAACCCUAUUACAUUUGACAAAUUGAAUAUUUAGACUAAUGUUUUAAAACAAUUUAAAAUUAAUAUGAUUUUACAUUUUCGACCCUAUUUGGUCUUGUUCUGUGUUUACUUUCGUUUUUGUUAAAACAUAUGUCAACGUCAACGUCAUAAUCGCACCACCGGUUUUCACCGCAAGGUUAAAGUGCAUCGACUUUGAAGAUCUACCGUGAGAAUUAAAAGUACAAUGAUAUUGCAUGCGUAGACAAUUUGAUACGUGACUUUCGUACACUUCGAGCGACUGGUCGAGAAGUGAGUGUUACCGUAACCUAGUUUGGGGGUACUUUGUGACUUUUGUGGCAGAUAAUAGGCUGAUCGCAGCCUUCGAAUAUUGUGCUUGGAAGUUGAGUGCCGAAAUCGUCAGAAAUGAUCAUUCGAGAAACAAGAAAACACUUCCGGAUCAGCGACUGCGAUGUGGCCUAACAUGUCGCCGCCGAGGCAACCACCACCUACCACAAACAAACCAAUCAGAAGAAGUAAACCACCGGACAAAUCCUAACCUAGUCUAUGCCACGCCAAAUUUUAACUGUGAUACUGGCAACACGAAGUACCUUAAAAAUAAAACUGUGAUAUUCGAAAUUCAAAAUGGGAGUUCACGUUCUUCUAGCAUCGACAGCGUUGAAGACCAUCAGCGUCACAGGACUGUGGUUGAUACCACUGUUGUUGGGUGCACUGACCUAUCACAACUAUAAUUCGUAUGAUCCUGAAGCAAAGGUAUUAGAUAAAGAGCCGAGAAGGGAAUAUGACUUCAUAGUCGUUGGAGGAGGUUCCGCUGGAGCAGUUGUUGCUAACAGACUGACUGAAAUGAAGGAUUGGAAUGUUCUUUUAUUGGAAAGUGGUCCAGACGAGAACGAAAUAACGGACGUCCCAUCGCUGGCUGGAUAUUUGCAGCUGACCAAGCUGGAUUGGCAGUACAAGACUGAACCUACGAACUACGCUUGUCUAGGCUUCAAGAAGCAUAGAUGCAGUUGGCCACGGGGAAAGGUCCUUGGCGGAUCGAGUGUUCUCAACUACAUGAUAUAUGUAAGAGGAAACAAAUUCGACUUCGAUCAAUGGGAGUCUUUUGGUAAUCCAGGCUGGAGCUACCGGGACGUCUUGAAGUAUUUCAUUAAGUCUGAAGAUAACCGAAACCCUUAUUUGGCAAAAAGCAAGUAUCAUGGUAAAGGAGGAUAUUUAACUGUCCAAGAAGCACCAUGGAGAACGCCUUUAGUAGCUGCUUUCGUCGAAGCAGGAGUAGAAAUUGGUUAUGAGAAUAGAGACGUGAAUGGUGCUGUACAAACCGGAUUCAUGAUUGCACAAGGAACCAUAAGAAGAGGUUCUAGAUGCAGUACAGCAAAGGCUUUCUUAAGACCUGUGCGGACACGGCGGAACCUAGACGUAUCACUUAAUUCACAAGCGACCAGAGUACUAAUCAAUCCCAUGACGAUGAAAGCAUAUGGAGUUGAAUACAUCAAACGAGGUGUAAGGAAAAUUGUUUAUGCCAAGAAAGAAGUGAUACUAUCUGCAGGAGCCAUUAAUAGUCCACAAUUACUUAUGUUGUCCGGUAUAGGACCCAAAGAACAUUUAAAAGAUGUAGGAAUUAGAGUCCUGAAAGAUCUACCAGUGGGUGAAAAUCUACAAGAUCAUGUGGGGGUAGGAGGAUUAACUUUUCUAGUCGACAAACCAGUGGCCAUCGUUCAGAAUCGCUUCCAAGCAUUUCCAGUAACUAUGAACUACGUUAUAAACGAAAGAGGUCCAAUGACGACCCUUGGAGGUUUAGAAGGUGUAGCUUUUGUUAAUACUAAAUAUGCUAAUAAUAGUGGCUUAUGGCCUGAUAUUCAGUUCCAUAUGGCUCCAGCUUCGUUUUCGUCAGACAAUGGACAAAUUGUCAGAAAAAUCCUAGGCUUGACAGAUGAGCUCUACGAUACUGUCUUCAAACCCAUAGCUAAUAAAGAUGCAUGGACUAUAAUGCCUCUGCUACUUCGUCCUAAUACACGAGGAUACGUCAGACUAAAAAGUUCAAAUCCUUUUCACUACCCAAUCAUGAAUCCACGUUAUCACGAAAACGCAUUAGAUGUUGCGAGACUGGUUGAAGGAAUAAAAAUAGCUUUGCAAGUAGCUAAUGCAUCGCCAUUUAAGCAAUUUGGCUCAAGGUUAUAUAUGAAGCCUUUGCCGAAUUGCAAGCAGUUUAAAUUCAUGUCAGAUGAGUAUAUUGAGUGUCAAGUGCGAACAAUAUCAAUGACGAUAUACCAUCAAUGUGGAACAGCUAAAAUGGGUCCAAAUUGGGAUAAAGAAGCGGUAGUUGAUCCUAGAUUAAGAGUGUACGGUGUCGAGGGACUGAGAGUGAUAGAUGCUAGUAUAAUGCCAACGAUCGUUAGUGGCAAUACAAAUGCAGCUGUAAUCAUGAUAGGAGAGAAGGGAGCGGAUAUGAUAAAAGAGGAUUGGCUGAGCGGUCAGCGGUGACGAACUGUUCAUGUUACCAUUAAAUGCCAAUUUGUUGUACUUUGCCAAAUGUUAUUUUAUUCUAAGUGCACUAGUACUGAAGUGCCGAAUUGUAUAUAAUUGUAUAUAUACUGAGAAAAAAAUUAACGAAAAAAUAAUUAAUAAAUCGAUUUACCUAUAUCGCUCGAUUGAUUAAAUUUUGUACCUACUCAGAUUACUGGCCAUCAAGACGUAGCUUACGAUCUAUUUUUAUUAAAUUAAAUUAAGCUAAACUUGCGUUAGUCGUUCCAUAAGUCCUUUUCUUCAGUUCUAUUUUUAAAAAAUUACAAUCAUUAUUUUUGCAGGAUUAUGAGUUUGUUCUUCAAGUGAUCUGCUUAGUGCACCACGUGACACAAAAUUAAAUAUGACGCAACAUGUAACUUAAUUAUUUUAUCCAAUAAACUACUUCCUUAUAAUUAUGAUCGUAAGCUAUAAAUCUGUUUACGUGACACUAAAGUUACCAUAUUGAAAAUUGUACAAAAAUUAAUAAUAUGUAGGCCUGUAGGCAGAUGACACGAUUAAACUUAGAGUAAUUUUUAUAAAGAGAGAAAUUUUGGUAUUGUAAGUACUUAUAAAAUAAUGACAACAAUACUUUAUUGUAUUGUGGUAUAAUAUACGCGCUGGGAUCAAAUAGCAAUAUAUAAAUAUUGUAUAGCAAAAUAAUUAUAGGCAAAUGUUUAAAUGAAGAUUACACUUAAUUAAAAAUUUUGCCUAUAGUUAUUUAGAAAUAAUUUUAUUUAUUAAUGUUUAAGUUUCGUCACAUCUCUGACAGUCUGUGUUCUGGAGUUGAGUCAAAAAAUUUGAUAAAAAAACAACGCGUUUUAAAGCGCUUUGAACUCCCUUGCGAUAAAAAACUUAGAGGUGUUUGUAUCCUAUCACAAUGACAGAUUAGAAGAAGGAAUACUUGACUUUUUUGGAAGAUAUUUAUUAACAGUGCAUACCCGCUAUUUCAUCACACGAAAGCAUUAAAAUCACAGAUCGUAAUGACAUUAUGUGACAAACGUGAUUGACUUCUAUUCGGGUAGAAAGCUCGCACUAUGGACACAGAAAUCAGCAGAUUUAUUUUUGUAAAACAAUAGUAAUUAAAAGAACUAUAGGUGAAACAUUUGUAUGAGUCGCAGUCGAGUGUUUGGCUUUUAUUUUCGUUGUUUUGCUGUUGUAAUGCCUAGUGCCAUAUUAAUUUGUUCUAUUGUUUGUUUUCUAUAAUUUUAUAACACUAGUUUAAAUAUUAUUGUAUCUGAAUGCUGAUUAUUUGCGCUUGUUCAUAUUUUGUACAAUAACACAUAUACGAACACACAACUUUCUGUAUUGACUACAUGUAUUAUAAUGUUUUUUAGGGUUCCGUACCUCAAAAGGUAAAAACGGAACCAUUAUGAUCCUUAUGUCUGUCCGUCUGUCAAGACCUUUUUCUCAGGAAUGCGUAAAGGUAUCAAGUUGAAAUUUAUACCAAAUACCUAGAUCUACGGAUCAAACUUAUACGUUAACGCGAUCAAAAAAUAUGACCGUUUAUGUCGCAUAUUUUGCGAUAUCAGAAGGGAAUCAAACCUAUAGGGUACUUCCCGUAGACCAAGAAUCAUGAAAUUUGGCAAAAAGUUGGGGCAUACCGUACUAAUAUAGGAAAAAAUCAAUGAAAAUUGGUAAUUUAUUAUUAUUAUUGGUAAUUUAUUGGUAAUUUAACACCACAGAAAAAAGUGAUAUUUGUAAUUUAUUCCAUACAAAAUGAGUGCAUUUUGCGAUUUCACAAAAGGAAUUAAAACCUACCCGAGGACCUAGAAUCAUGACAUUUGGGAUAAAGUAAGGGCAUACUAUUAGAUGUAGGAAAAAAUCUAAAAUUGGUAAUUUAUAUAAUAUGGUAAUUUAUACUGACAUCGCUGAAAAAAGUUAUAUUUGUAAUUAGUUUCGUACAAAAUAGCACUUAUUUUAUACGCCCGCCAAUCUUCAAAAUUUUGUACUGAACCCUCGGUGCGCGAGUCUAACACGCACUUGACCGGUUUUUUAUUGAAUGGUUCUAUUUUUAUAUCAAAUUACUAAAAAUACAUUGACAUUAUAUUAACCCAUCUGAACCUGACCUUCAGAGAAGAGUGGAAAAAUAAGGAGGAGGCAUUUGCCCAGCAGUGGGAUACAUCAUCUGAAGUUCGCCACAUUCUUGAAACAAUUUAGAAUUUCGAACAGAAUAUAAAAUAAAUAUCCUACUAAUAUUAUACAUGCUAAAGUUUACUUAACUGGACGGAUUGUUAUAAAUUUGGUAUACGGGAAGAAUAUAACCUAGAAUAACACCUAGGGUACUUUUUAUCCCGAAAUUUCCACUGGAGCGAAACCCCGGGACACAGUUUGUCAUAAUCACCACUAAAAGCACUUUCGCAAGAUAUUCGCGACCCUACAAUGCUCACAAUCUAUCAAUGUCUUAAUUAUAUACUUUCUUUCAUCACAAGUAGUUAUUAGUCAUAGGAAAAUGCCAGAAAAGUUUAAUGAUCAAUUAACUAAUUAGGAAAUACGUGGACGUGUGACGUAAGUAUACGGAAUUUUUAUAGGCCUAGACAUUGAAGUUACCAAAACCGUUAGUAUUAAAAACCAAACGCAAGAUAUCGUAUAGGGCGUCGAUUCUGCUAACAUGUAUCAAUUAUAGCUCAAUCGUGUAUCAAUAGUAUUUAUUUUCAUAAUGUAAAUAGCACUACUAUUCAACAACUAUUGAUACAUUAUUUUUAUGAUACAAACAAUACACUAUAAACAUAUUUUUAGUUCAAAAUGUUAAUACAUAGAUCAACAAAAUAACUCUGAUGUACCUAAAAGAUUUGGAAAGAUUAAAAAAACAUUGUUAUUUUUCUAAAUGUCUAUAAAACGUAAACAAAACUGUGCGUCAUAGCUAGAUGUAACCACAGAUUAAUUAUGUACGGCAAGAAUCUUCCGCCACUACGAAAUGAAAUAAUUAUAGCAAUCAUUCGAUAUACAAUGUUAACAGAAAUUUAAUUGUGUAUUUGUUAACCAAUUUUUUUUUCUUUGAUAAAUGUAUUCUAUUUUUGUAGCAUUGCUUUGUUACCUUCAUCUUCUUAUCGAGCGUUUUAUUGCUAAAGCUGGUGUCAGAUUUUAUUUAAGUCGCCUAAAGGCAUACGACACGACUUUUACGAAUAACGAAGUGUGGUUCAGUGGCAGUAUAUACGUGCACACUAGUGAACUAACCAUUAAAAAAACAUAGUCUUUCAUUCGUUCAUAAUAAAGUUCGUUUAAUACUUAUUUAUUUGUAUUUACUUUACUACAUUUUUAAAUUAUUUUUUUAGAAGUGUUUUCGGUUAUAUCGAUUAACGUAAUUAAGAAUGAAGAAAUGAGAAACUCUUUGUUUAAAUCCCCUUUUGUAUGGGCAUGAUACUUAAAAAUAAACAAAGUUGUCAAAAUAAAUAUGGGGCAACUAUCUAUUUAUGAGAAAAGGUGAAAGUUAUUUGACUAUAUGUUAACUUCAAAAAUGUAACUUUUUCAUUUCAUAUUAAUAUUUCAUCAUAAUUUUAGUUACAUAUUUAUGAUAUAAAAUCAGGUACUUAUAUCAGGUUCUGUUUAGAUUUUUUGCUUGCAAAUUUUCUUUUUGCUCUAACUACUGUUCUAGACAAUGUUUACCAAUUUUAUGUAUAACAAGUUUUCCUCUUGGUAGUAUUCUGUUCUUUUUAUAUGCGUUUUCAAAAUGCGAAGGAAGAUUUAAACAGUAUUUUUUUACCAGAGAUUAUUUUGUUAACCGUAUUAUUCAUAAAAAAAGUUAACAUUUAUUUUAGUUAAAGUAUGUUCUGUCUCACUCAUGUCUAAUAUUGGAAAGUGAGAUAAUAAAACAUAUUUUUAUUAAAAUAGUUUAAAAUUUUUACAUAAAUAAGAGGGAAACUCUUCAAAAAUAUUUUCUCGUGAACAGAAUGUUUACAUCACAAGAAGUAAGUUAUAUUAAAAAUAUAUACGUAUGUGUUGCUUUAAUUAAUUGUAAAUUACCAAUUACAAUAUGACCUACAUGUAAGUAAAUAUGUACCUAAAUUAGGACACUUUAUUGUAAAUAUUAAAUAAGCGGUUAGUAAUGAUUUAGUAUCACACGAUUGAUGAGAUUUAAAUAUUUAUUUAUGUAUAUCAACUGUAAUAAAGUAGGAUACAGUUUUAUUACGAUUGUAAUGUAAAUAAAUAGUUGUACGGAAAUAAAAAUCAAUUGUUACCGAAA